UAAAGACCACAAACAACUGCCCUGUAAAAACAAAGAGGGAAAUACAAUUCUACUUGGCAACAAUGAGGUAUUUUCACUUGUGUAAGCUUCCAGGAAGAGUUAUGGGAAUCCGCCUACUACGCUUCACUUCUGUGGUGAUCGUUGUCUUACUUCUUGUGGCAGGUGCUUUAACAGCUUUGCUUCCCAAUAUCAAAGAUGACAAAAUGCCCAAUUUGAGAAGGGAACAAAAAACCCAGAGUCAGUCUGUCUUGGAUUCAUUUACUCUUAUUAUGCAGACAUAUAAUAGAACUGACUUGCUGCUAAAACUUUUAAAUCAUUAUCAAGCCAUCCCCCACCUACAUAAAGUAAUUGUUGUGUGGAACAACAUUGGUGAGAAGAUACCAGAGGAAAUGUGGAAUUCCUUGGGUCCUCAUCCUGUCCCUGUUGUCUUUAAAGUUCAAACUGUAAAUCGCAUGAGGAAUAGACUUCAGAAUUUCCCUGAGCUGGAAACAAAAGCUGUGUUAAUGAUGGAUGAUGAUACACUAGUCAGUGCUCAUGACCUUGCUUUUGCCUUUUCUGUUUGGCAGCAAUUUCCAGAGCAUAUAGUCGGAUUUGUUCCAAGAAAGCACAUUUCUACUCCUUCAGGUGUAUACAGUUAUGGCAGCUUUGAAUUGCAGAACCCUGGAUUUGGAAAUGGAGAUCAGUAUUCUAUGGUUCUUAUUGGUGCAGCAUUUUUUCAUAGUGGGUAUUUAGAAGACUUUCAAAGACAGCCAGAAGCUGUUUACACCUUAAUAGAUGAAACUCAAAAUUGUGAUGAUAUUGCUAUGAAUUUUCUGGUAUCAAAGCAUACUGGAAAGCCUUCAGGAGUGUUUGUGAAGCCAGUUGAUAUUAGAAAUUUAGAAAAAGACACGAACAGUGGCUAUUCUGGAAUGUGGCACCGAGCAGAGCAUUUGUUACAGAGAUCUUACUGUGUAAAUAAACUGGUUAAUAUUUAUGAUGGCAUGCCUUUAAAAUAUUCUAAUAUCAUGAUUUCUCAGUUUGGUUUCCCUAAUUAUGCCAAUCACAAAAAUAAAAUAUAAGUCAAUGAAUUCAAGGAGUUAGAUUAUUAAACAAAACUCAAGUGAAUUGUACUGAGUUCAAGGAGAGAAGAAGGCAUAAUUACUGCAUCUUGGCCAUCCUCAACUUUUUCCAUAUUGCAUUUUAUGGGUAUUUCAUGGUUGGUUGGGUUUUUUUUUU